CGGUCUCUGCACCCUAUGCCUGUUCUGGCCCUCUUUGCCAUCGCCUCUGCGCCGUCUUCUCUCCUUUGAAUUGAGGGACCCUCUCACGGCAUGGGACAGCUGCAGUCUGUAUGUGCGCCUAUGUAUGUACGGGUACAGUACAUGUAGGCUUGUCUCGUAAUGGCAACGGCAAUGGCGAGUCUGCGCCCACAUCUGUGCGUACUGUGCAGCAAAGGACAGCGAGGAAAAGUGACCAUCGAUAUGUAUGCUGCCCUAUUUAUCUGCUGUGGUGCCUGACGCAGGAUGAGGGCUUGGAGAUGCCGUCGUGCCAUAGGCCGGUUGGCAGGCUGGACUUUGUGCCCGCAGGAGAUGAAGGCAUUGACAUUGUCUAAUUUCUGUCUAGAGAGGCUCGGCGCCGUUGAUUGCGACUAGAC